AUGACGAAAACCUCUGUUAAAGUGAAAGAUGUGUUCUUUUUCAUUCCCAACUUGAUUGGUUAUGUACGAAUCCUUACCGCAAUUUUGUCCUUCUUGACCAUGAAACGGCAUCCUAUAUGGACGCUGAUACUAUACGGUAUUUCUGGUUUCCUCGACGCUUUCGACGGAUACGCUGCCAGAAAGUAUGAUCAGGGUACAAGAUUUGGUGCUGUGCUAGACAUGGUCACGGACAGAUGUGCCACCUCCUCAUUAAUCUGCUACUUGUGUGUCCUUUAUCCACAUUACUGCGUGAUCUGGCAAUUGCUUGUAUCUCUAGACUUGGCUUCUCAUUACAUGCACAUGUACGCAAUGUUGUCGUCUGGAUCAUCUUCUCACAAGAACGUCGACAAAAAAUCAAGACUCUUGAAUUUGUACUACACAAACAGAACUGUGUUGUUCGUCGUGUGUUUGGUCAAUGAGUUAUUUUACAUGGCGUUUUAUUUACACUACUAUAAUUUCUUCUGGAUGGGUACCCUUUUGGUAUGGUUGAGUGCUCCUAUUUGGUUCUUCAAGCAAGUUGCUAAUAUUGUCCAGAUGAAGAAUGCUGCUAUCAUUUUGGUCGAGAAGGAUGUUGAAGAGCGGUCUGCUAAGGGAGAGUAA